AUGGCAGAUGUUAUGAACAUGACAAGUUUCUCAACAAUAGCAUUAUAUCUCAGCUCAAAGGGAACCUAUGAUAGAGUGACUUGGAGGAAGCUUGUAUGUAAAAAUUUGGGGCUGCCUAGGUGGGUGUUUAUCCUACAACUAGGCCUACAUACAAGAUUAACCACCAGGGAUAGGCUAUUCAAAUGGGGUAUCACCACAGACACAAUCUGCCAUUUAUGUGGGGUUAAGGAUGAAAGCAUUGACCAUUUAUUAGUUGAGUGUGAUGAGUCUGCUUAUAUAUGGGGGAAGCUACUUCAAUGGCAACACAUAUACAGAAGCCCAAUGCAAUGGAGUGAUGAGAUUAAAUGGGUUGAACAACAGGCAAAGGGUAGAAGUCCAAGAGCACAAGUAUACAGAAUGGUUCUUGCAGGUGUUGUAUACCAUCUGUGGGCAGAGAGGAAUCAAAGAGUAUUUCAGCAAAAAAGGCAACCUGCAAACUUAUUGAUUAAAGUUGUCAUUCAGGAGGUGCAUUUCAAGGCAAGAGGUUGCCCCAAAGUUACAAAAUGGCUUGAUCAAUUCAAUUGUUAUCCAGUGUAA